GAGAAAUGCACAAACUCACAUUUAUCAGUUUUCUCUGCUCUAAGUGUUUAUAUGUCACCACACUGUUUAAUCAUGACCGCACUAAUGUCACUGGGCUGUUUGCUGGGUUGAAUUGCCAUAUUUGUGUAGUCCCGACGAUACAAAAAUAAGUACUGUAUAUUCCCUGACUGACUUCAAAGACAAGACAAAAGGUUUUCUUAAAAAAAAAAAAAAAUCUCCCCAUCGACCAUGUGGAGAGACGACAUAUGAAAACAGGCAGCGCUCCAAAGCAGCCCCGCUUUCUCGGUGUCCGUGCGAGAGGAAGCGGCGUCCGGCAGCGGUCUGCGCAUUCAGCCACGGGGGGGACUAUCCGAUGUGGUGGAAUGUCAACCCUGAGGCAGAGAAAGGACGUAAAGCGGAAGGAUUUAGGUCAGGAGCGGCAAAUUCCAGACUCGCGUGAGGACCAUGCGAAGAGGACCCAAACCAGCUUCCAGACAUGGUGGACUGGGAUCUGGGUCGUGUUUGGGGCCGUGCUGGGAGUAUCCCUCGGCCUCCUGAAUUGCACAUAUAUGGCCACGUUACAUGAAAACGAUCUCUGGUUCUCCAACAUCAAGGAAGUUGAGCGUGAAAUCUCCUUCCGAACCGAAUGCGGCCUGUACUACUCCUACUACAAACAGAUGAUCCAGGCCUCCUCCAUCGAGCAAGGGCUGUUAGAACUCAUCUACGAUAACAAGACUGAGUCCAGGAGGACCAUAAACGUCUUACAGCGGAUGAACAUAUACCAGGAGGUGUUCCUGAGCAUCCUCUACAGGCUUCUGCCAGUCCAGGGAGUCACCUUAUUAGCACAGGGGUUUGCGUCGUCUCUGAGCCGGGGAACUCCCAGAUGGAAACGGGCCAGAACUGGGGGCCGCUACCGCCAAUGCCUGAUCGCAUAACAUAGCAGAC